AUGUUACCUGAAGAGGACAAAGAAAGAAAUUUUAAAGAAUUAUCACAAACCGAUUUACAAUGUAAAGGAUGUUAUCGUCAAAUUAAAGAUAAAAUUUUAAUUCUUUUAGUAAGAAAAGACAAAACAAAUUGUAAUUAUCAAAAGCCAAAAAAUGAACACAAUAAAUUUGACAAAGAAUUAAAAAUGUCAUCCAAUUCAACAAAUUACAGUUCAUUUAAAACUAAUUCAAUGGAUCAUUUAAAAGAUACACAUCAUCCUAGUCAACCAGAAAUCUAUCAUAUUCAUUGUCUUAACUGUUUUGAAUGUGGUGAUCGUUUAUCAUUUGCUGAUGAAAAAUGUUGGAUAUAUCAAGAAAAUAAAAUUAUUUGUUUUAAUUGUAGAACAAGAUACAAACAUUGUGGCCGAUGUCGACUUCAAGUACCGGAAGAUACAAAAGUUCAUAAAUUAAAUCGUGUACCAUUUCAUAUCACAUGUUUCACAUGUUUUCAAUGUGGUCGUCAAUUAUACCAAGGUGAUAAAUGUGGGAUAUUCAAUAAUGAUGUCUUUUGUUAUGAACAUUAUAUGAAUAAAUGUUUAACAUGGAAAAUAUUAAAUUUAGACUCCAAUUCACUAUCUAAAAUGAAUCAAAUAGAACCUGGUCAAGUGGAUAAACUACAACAAUUUUUAUUUGAUCAAGAAAUUCAUUCGAUUAAUAUGAAUGAAGAGAAAGUUGAUCGAAAUUUUAAUCAAGAUCAUGGUCAUUUUCCAAAUAAUCGACAUAAAUCAGAUCGAAUAACAAUGAUGACUACAAAUUGUGGCGCAUUGUCUACAUCGCUCUCAUUUAAACAAUCAAUGCAUUCAAAUGAAACAACCGAUUGUUUUUUAACUUCAACAAAUUAUCCAACAGUAAAUAAUCUGCUAAGCAUUUCAAAUAGUCCAUCAACAACUACAACAACAUUUACAAAUAUGAAUUCAAUAGAAAAUUGUCAAACAACCACCGAUAAUUGGUGUUCAAUUGAUGAGUCUAUGCUGAAUGAAGAAAUCCUGUUAAACAAUGGUGAAAUCUCUUUGACAAUGACUGAAAAUGGUCAUUCAGUUGACAGUAGUACAAGUAGUAAUUGUAGUGUACAUUCAAAAUCAAAACGUAUUAGAACAAGUUUUACACCUGAUCAAUUAGCAAUACUUCAAGCGAAUUUUGACAUUGAAGCUAAUCCAGAUGGACAAGAACUAGAACGUAUUGCUGGUAUAGCCAAGUUGAAUAAACGUGUUACACAAGUAUGGUUUCAAAAUGCCAGAGCACGUAAAAAGAAAAUUGAAUGUCGCGGUAACCUUGAAGGACAACAUGAUCAAUUAGGUUUUAAUAGUUUAACUUGUUGUUUAACUGAUCCAAUGGGAAUAGAAGAGUUUUAUGAUAAUUCAAAAGAGAAUAUACCUUCAAUGAAUGAAAUAAAUGAAGGAAUUCUAUCAGUUAAUAAUAAUGAUGGAAUGAAUGUAAAUCAAAUUUAUGGAAGAGAAUAUAAUUGCAAAUCGGAUUGUUUCAUAAAAACUGAUAGUAGGGAUGAUGAUGAUGAUGAUGAUGAUGAUGAUGAUGAUGAUGAUGAUGAUGAUGAUGAUGAUGAUGAUGAUGAUGAUGAUGAUGAUGAUGAUGAUGAUGAUGAUGAUGAUGAUGAUGAUGAUGAUGAUGAUGAUGAUGAUGAUGAUGAUGAUGAUGAUGAUGAUGAUGAUGAUGAUGAUGAUGAUGAUGAUGAUGAUGAUGAUGAUGAUGAUGAUGAUGAUGAUGAUGAUGAUGAUGAUGAUGAUGAUGAUGAUGAUGAUGAUGAUGAUGAUGAUGAUGAUGAAGAGGAUGAAAUCGAUGGAAACUGUAUGACGUUAAGUGAUACCAUUCCUAAUGAAUGUGAUGAUAGUUCCGAAAGAAUGAAUCCUAUGAAGAAUUCUUUAGCUAUAAAAAAUGCUGCGACCAAUAACGGCAUAAAUAAUCAUGGCUGCCAAAACAACAACACUGCAUCUGUAAACAUCAGUACAACCAAUGUCAUUCCGAUUGAAAAUUCGAAUGGAUCAAGUCAUUCACAGAAUUCCACACUAUCAACACGAAAUACUGUUAGACCAAAUUUAUGUACAGAUCAAAAUAUGUUUAGCAUUAUCCCGUCAAAUUAUCAUAUGUCAAAUAAUUUUUAUUUUCCAGCAGUCGCGUUACCAACUAAUUGA